AUGGGCGACUGCCCGACAGCAUGGUCGCGUCGACUGGAGAAUGUUCUACAGGAUCGCGCAGCCCUGGACGCAUUUCGGGCAUGGCUGAACGCGAAUCGGGUCCAGCAGGCGUUGGAGCUGCAUUUUGCAGUGCGAGCGUACGUCCAAAUGGUGCGCGACGUCAACGAGCAGGCCGGCGAUCUGGCCCGCCAGAUCUACCAGCGUUAUGUGUCGCCACGCACCGGCUGCGCCCACUUCAUCCCCAACAAGAUACGCCAAGAGCUAUCAACCCGGAUUCGACAGCCAACGUUCACCGCCGAGCCCCGGUUUUUCGACGCGGUUUCUCCGUUCGUAGAAGACUACCUCCGGCGGCAACAUGAACAAUUCUGCACGAGCGACGAGUUCGUCGAGGCGUUCAACCGGGUGACGAUGGAGGAGCCGAGGCCCGGCAUGAGCACGUCGAUGACGGAGCCCCGGACGUCAAGCCGCUCGCACACACUCUCCCAUUCGCAUAGCGGAACCCAGAAACGAAGCCGCAGUCGACGAUCUCCCUUCCUCACCGCCGAAGCGUUGAUGCGAUCGAAACAUGAUCGAGAAGUGGCACUCGGCGAGAGUCAUGUCGAACGACUCUACCGAGGCCCACCUCGAAUGCCAUACACGUGCCACGCGACCACAAGCCAACACGACAGCGCCGUAUCCUCGUCAUUUUCAAGUGAAGCGAAUCGCAGUAUACGACUGACCAGCAUCCGAGAAGAACAUCUCCGUGGAAACCCGGCUACUUAUACAAUACCGCGCGUCGACCGCAGCCAACAUUUCCGCGAUGACAGCAGCCAGUACGAUCACGAGACCGAGGAUGGGCGCCGCUUAUUCCACGCCGUCCUCUGCAAGAAGCUCAAUCGAGAAAUAUUGAGGCGAAGAAGGAAUGAGGCCACCGAGAAGCAAAUCGACGAGUUGGAGAAGAGCAAGGAAAAGGCACGUGACGUCAUCUCGUCAUCUACGGAAUGCUACGAUGUGAUGCUGGAAGACGUGGAUGGGGAGGAGGAAGAUGACGAUUUCGAGCGUUACGUCGAGGGGAUGGGCAGUGGACGGCAUAGCGGAAGCGGAAGGACGCCCCGAACUGCCGGAAUUCGGGAUGGUGAUGGCACUGGCCCGAUGACACCGCUGCGCGGUUUCUCUUUGGGGAGGAGCACGAUGGAACGGACAAUGUUGCUGGAGAGGUUGCCCCUUGGCGAGCCGAUCGACCCGCCGGGUGGGAUGAUGGAUUCGAGACGGGCCCCCGACGGGAUCACCGGAUUCGCACCUCCACAGACUUUUGGAGGGCGAUUCGCCCCGCCGCCCGCUCGCCCUUUCCCCACCGCGUAUAAUACGUACGCCAAGGAGAGGCCGUACUCCCAUCGCUCGGAGGGCGUCUACAAUACGGAAUCCGGGAUCGGCAGCAUGUUCUCUGAGGAUAGGAGAACGACCAGCCGACCCCCGUCUGAUAAGGAGCGACGCCAUCGGCCACCGAUUACGAUAUCUUACAAGAGCGUAGACGGUGUCCCGGUGGUGGCCCACGUGCCGUUGUGCGGGCCGACGCUGACGUUGCGCGAAUUCCGGAAGCAUUUCUCCAUCCCGGCGCACCACGGCCAACAGUUCUUCUUCAAAUCCGAAUGUGAGGACGGAUCGGCGCCGUAUCAACUGUUGCGAAUCUGCGACGACACGGCCCCGCUGCCCGUCUUCGAGGGGAAGAUCAGCGCCGAGCUGAAGCAUGCUUCUCCUGAA